AAAGCUUGAGACAAGUCUGAAGCAAACAUGGAUGUUGGCCGUAAAAUAAAGACAAAAAUAUCUGCUGCCUUCAAGAUGAGGGGCCUCAUACUGCGGCCUGAGGCCAGCAGGUACCUUGUGGAGGUGCUGGAGUCGGUCAGUCCCUCUGAACUGGAGGAUGUUAUUGAGCGGGUCCUGGAUUCUGUGGAAAAACAGCCAUUGACCUCGAGCAUGAUAGAGCUGUCUGUGGCGGAGAGCGCUGUGCAGGACUGCACUCAGUCAUGUGACGAAGCCAUAGAUAAUAUUUUCAACAUCAUUGGAGCCUUUGAUGUCCCCAGAUACAUUUACAGUGUGGAGAGGAAGAAAUUUGUACCUAUCAGUAUGACCACCCAUUCGGCCCCUAGUCUGUGUGGUUUGGCCAAAGUCAAAGCUGAACUCUUCAAGGAGCGCUACACAAUUUUACAGCAGCGCACACAUCGACAUGAGCUCUUUACUCCUCCAGCAAUUGGAGCUGCGCUUGAAGAGGGUCAAAAUAAGUUUCAGUUGAGGACGGUUGAAGCGUUGCUUGGCAGCACAGCGAAACUCGGAGAGGUGAUCGUACUUGGAAUGAUUACACAGCUGAAAGAGGGUAAAUUUUACCUGGAGGACCCCAGUGGAACGGUGCAGCUGGACAUGUCCAAAGCAAUAUCCUUUGAACGGCUUCAUUUUCAUAAUGGCUUGUACACAGAUUCCUGCUUUGUACUGGCAGAAGGUUGGUAUGAGGAUUCUGUGUUCCACGUCAACGGUUUUGGAUUCCCACCGACAGAGCCCUCCUCAGCCACAAGGGCAUACUAUGGCAAUAUAAACUUUUUCGGAGGUCCGUCCAACACGUCGGUGAAAGCUUCCUCCAAGCUGAAGCAGCUGGAGGAGGAGAAUGAAGACGCCAUGUUUGUGAUUUUGUCUGACGUGUGGCUGGACAGUGUUGAAGUGAUGGAGAAGCUCAACGUCAUGUUCUCAGGGUACGCAGCCAUGCCUCCUACGUGUUUUGUUUUUUGUGGAAAUUUCUCCUCGGCCCCAUAUGGGAAAACGCAGAUAAAAUCCCUCAAAGAAUCACUGAAGGCCCUUGCUGAUGCCAUAUGUUCGUAUCCCAGCAUCCAUAGCAGCAGUCGCUUUGUGUUUGUUCCUGGCCCUUUGGACCCAGGUCCAGGCAGCAUCCUGCCGCGGCCUCCUUUGGCUGACCACGUGACAGAGGAGUUUAGACAGAGGGUGCCAUUCUCUGUGUUCACUACUAACCCGUGCAGGAUCCAGUACUGCAGCCAGGAGAUCGUAAUUAUCAGAGAAGAUCUGGUCAACAAGAUGUGUAGAAAUUGCGUCCGGUUGCCAAGCAAGAAUCUUGACAUCCCAAACCAUUCAUUCCAUUCAAACCUAAAUAACUUCUUCCAGUUUGUCAAGACGAUCUUAUCCCAAGGACACUUAGUUCCGCUGCCUCUGUAUGUCAGUCCUGUAUUCUGGGCCUAUGACUACACCCUACGCGUCUAUCCGGUGCCCGACGUCAUUGUCUUUGCAGACAAGUACGACCCCUUCAGCAUCAACAACACUGACUGCCUCUGUGUCAACCCGGGCUCAUUCCCCAGAAGUGGCUUCUCAUUCAAGGUCUACUACCCAUCCAACAGAACUGUUGAGGACAGCAAACUUCAAGGACUCUGAAAAAAAUUAUGGAUUUUAGCAGAAGCUAUUCUCACAUGUGUAUAUUUAAUGUGUAAUAAUGGAUGUUGAAGUGCGGUAGUUAUCUUUCUGUGUUUGUAUCAUUUAGAAUAAUAAAGGUUUUAUUCUUU